GUCACGUGGCGAGGCCGCCUCCGCGGCCAUCACUACUGUGGGCAGUCGCAUUUGGCUGCUGCCUCGCCCCCCGCCCACACCUAGGAUUCGCGCCCCCUCAAGUGGGCCAGGCUCGGGCUCCUGCCUUCCCCGGCGGCCAUCCCCUCUUUUUCUUGCACCACUGGGCGUUGGGAGUUGCUCAGGGCGGGACAUGGGUGACCGGAAGUGGAAACUGUGAGCGUCGCGCCUGAGGCACCGAGGCCUGAGGCGCCGUCGGGUACACCGCGACGCACGCAUGGAGAGUGCUGGGCGCCGGGCUGCGCACCGACGGCUACCGGGGACGCACGGGAGGGGAGGGGGCUUUGCAGAACCGACUGGCCUCCCCGGGCGCGGGAACAUGAGGCUGCGCCAGGAACCCGCUGCGGGCGAGGCGCACGUUGCGCGAGCCUGCCCUGGUCGUGGGUGAACGGCGCGGAGCCCCAGACUAGCCGGUCGUUGUCAGUGGCGGCAUGGUCUUCUGUCUGGAAAACGACGAGCCGCGCCACCCGCUGCGAAGCGCCAUGGUCCACUUCCAGGCCUCAGAAGUCCAGCAGCUGCUACACAACAAAUUCGUGGUCAUCUUGGGGGACUCCAUCCAGCGGGCUGUGUACAAGGACCUGGUGCUUCUGCUCCAGAAAGACACUCUCCUCACAGCUUCCCAGCUGAAAGCCAAGGGGGAGCUGAGCUUUGAACAGGACCAGCUGAUGGCUGGGGGCCAGCUGGGUGAGCUGCACAACGGGACACAGUACCGUGAGGUCCGCCAGUUCUGCUCGGGUUCUGGCCAUCACCUCGUGCGCUUCUACUUCCUCACCCGCGUUUACUCUGAGUACCUGGAGAAUGUCUUGGAGGAGCUGACAUAUGGGCCUGCCCCCGACUUGGUGAUCAUCAACUCCUGCCUCUGGGAUCUGUCCAGGUACGGCCGCUGCUCAAUGGAGAGCUACCGAGAGAACCUGGAGCGGGUAUUUUUGCGCAUGGACCAGGUGUUGCCAGACUCCUGCCUGAGGGUGUGGAACAUGGCGAUGCCCCUGGGGGAGCGUGUCACUGGGGGUUUCCUCCUGCCAGAGCUUCAGCCUCUGGCAGGCACUCUGCGGCGGGAUGUGGUUGAAGGGAACUUCUACAGUGCUACACUGGCUGGGGACCACUGCUUCGAUGUCCUAGACCUCCACUUUCAUUUCCGGCAUGCGGUACAGCAUCGUCAUCGGGAUGGUGUCCACUGGGACCAACAUGCACAUCGCCACCUCUCACAGCUGCUUCUGACCCAUGUGGCUGAUGCCUGGGGCGUGGAGCUGCCCAAGCGUAACUCUCCCCCUGACCCAUGGAUGGAGGACUGGCCAGAGAUGGAUCAUCUGUUCCAGUCCCCCGACUUUGGGGAGCAGCUGGCCUUGCCCCCACCCCCACCCUCUCCUUUGCCCCCUCCCAUGUCUUUUUCCUACCCUCUUCCUCAGCCCUCUCCACCUCCCCUCUUCCCACCCUUGCCCCAGGAUGCCCCUUUUUUCCCCGGCCAGCCCUUCCCACCCCAAGAAUUCUUCAAUCAUAAUCCAAUGGAAGACUUCUCGGUGCCACCCCAUUUAGGAUGUGGCCUGGGAAUGAACUUUGUGCCUGACCUCCUGCCACCUCCAGUCCCUGGCCCUAAGCCCCAUGGUCAGCACCGGGGCUUGGUGGUCCACCGGGGCAUGUCACGUUGUGUUCCCAGCAGCCCCUACCAUGUGCCAAGGAUGGGGGGGCACUGCAGGCAGCGGCUCAAGCACUCAGACAGACUGAUCCACACGUACAAACUGGACAGACGGCCUCCUGCCCAUUCAGGAACAUGGCCUGGGUAGGAUGGAUCUCGGGCUGGGGCUAGAUGUGCCAAUGGCCAUGCAGGGCCUGCCUGGCCACCCAGGUGCUGGGCACGGGUAUCUGCUAUGCCUGGUAUGGUUCUUGUCCAUUGCUGUCACCAAUAAAAACAUGGAAGAACAGAA